AUGCCCAUCCCAGAGUUUAACUGGGACAAGAACAUGGAGCCUAAGGGGGACAUCCAGCCAGGGGAGCUGGACGAGGGAGAAGGGGUGGCGGUGCGGCGCGGAGGAGUUGGGGACGUGGCGUCUCGCGCUGGGGAUGAUGAGUAUGCUGACAUCUACUGGGGGCUGAUUGAAUCUGAGAUCCCUGGGGGAAUGGGUGUUUUCUCUGCAUACCUGGCGUGGGAGCCAUGGUUCCGGACUCUUGAGCCAUACACGCCGCUCUCAGACCCCUUACAUCGAGCUGAUGAUCCACACAAACCCGUCACUGAAGAGGGAAUUUCUGAAACUAUAGAGGGGUUAAAACAAAGUGGGGUCUUGGAACCCUCAUACUCUGAUUGGAACACACCAGUUUUACCUGUACAAAAGCCAGGUACAGGCAAAUUUCGUAUGGCACAUGAUUUGAGAGCCAUAAAUAAACUACUGGUCACGCCCACCGUGCCAGUACCGAAUCCCUAUGUGGCCUUAAGUAACCUGACCCCAGAACAUGAAUGGUUCAGCUGCCUGGACCUCGCAAACGCCUUUUUCUGCCUUCCCCUCGCAGAAGAAUGUAGAGACAUAUUUUCAUUCAUAUAUCGUGGAGAAAAGUUGCGAUAUACGAGACUGCCGCAAGGGUUUGCGCUCUCACCAGGGAUUUUCAAUCAAGUGUUAAAACAAGCUCUGGGCAAUAUAGAACUGCCACAGGACACAGUGCUUGUCCAGUAUGUUGAUGAUUUGUUAAUCGCAAGUCAUACUGCACAAGACUCGUUACAAGCCACCGAAGCCGUGUUGCGACAGCUACAUGCCUCCGGGUUUAAAGUAAGUAAAAAUAAACUCCAAGUGACGCGAAAACAAGUAUCUUUCCUAGGGAGAAUUAUCUCUCAGAAGGGAGCAGGCCUUUCUUAUUCACACCGCGACACCAUCCUACAUCAUCCAAAACUGCAGACAGUGAAAGAAAUGCUGUAAUUUCUGGGCCUGACAGGUAACAGCAGAAAUUACAUCCCAAACUACACAGGCCUAACACAAACUUUGCGCGCCUUGGUUAAACAGAAAGGAAUGAGAAACCUCACAGCUCCAUUGGACUGGACUGAGGAGGCUGAAAGAACAUUUAUUGACAUAAAACAGCAUCUCAGCAGAGCAGCUGAGUUAGCUCUCGCUGACUACGGAAAACCCUUCUAUUUGGAUGUUUCUGAAACAGGAGGAGUGAUAAAUGGUGUCUUGUUUCAGAAACAUGAGGGGGGUAGGAUAACAUUAAUGUAUGUUAGCGUCAUGCUAGACAACACAGAAAAAAGACAUUCGCCAUGCACACAACAUGCAGCAGGUCUGGCCAAACUGAUUCAGAAAACAGCUCAUCUGGUGAUGAGACAUUCUCUACAUGUGUUGACUUCACACACUGUAGUUGCAUAUGUUAACUCACAAAACUUCACUAUGUCACCAUUAAGACAACAGCGUAUAAACAAAAUAUUGGAAGCACCAAACUUGUUUACUCAUGAAGGGAUUAACAUGGCAGACAGAGUAGGCACUGGGGAACCACAUGCAUGCCAAAAGAGGGUGGAGAGAGAUGAGAAGGUUAGACCAGACCUAGAAGCCACACCUCUGGAGGAGGGACAUGUUCUAUUCAGUGAUGGUAGUUGUUUCCGUCAAGAGGAUGGACAGCUCAGUGCUGGCUACGCGGUGGUACAUCAAACAGACCAGGGGUAUGAUACAAUAGUUCAGGAGAGACUGUAGGGAGCUCAGUCAGCACAGAGGGCUGAGGUAAGGGCCCUAAUUGCAGCCCUACAGUGGGCUGAAGGAAGAAAAGUCACCAUUUUCACUGACUCAGCUUAUGCUUUUGGAGCAGCGCACGUGGAGCUGGCUCACUGCACUGUGUGUAAUUUGUACAACUCUAAACCAACCAUUAAGACGCGUGAGCAAGGGAAAUUUCCAAUAAACAUGACACCGGGUCGGGAGAUAAUUAUUGAUUACACAGAUAUGAUUCAAGCGAUACGAGGAUUCAAAUAUCUGUUGGUUUGCGUGGAUGCCUUCACGGGGUGGCCAGAAGCUUGGUCUGCGAAAAAAGAGGACAGUCAAACAGUCGUUAAGUGCUUGAUAAACCAUUAUAUACCGAGACACGGGUUUCCAACUAAAAUAAGGUCGGAUAAUGGAACGCAUUUUAAAAACUCAGAUCUUCAGAAGGUUGAAAAAGCAUUAGGAUUGAAGCAUGCUUUUGGGACAGUUUACCACCCUCAAUCUCAGGGGAAAGUUGAAAGAUUAAACAGAAACCUCAAACAAAAAAUAUCAAAGAUCUGUGCACAGACUCAUUCCAAUUGGCUUGAUUCAUUGCCUAUAGCGCUCAUGGCCAUUAGAGCAUCGAUUAAUAGGGGUACAGGUUUCACCCCUUAUGAAUUAACAACAGGAAGGUUUUUCCCUGGGCCUCAGCAAAAUCUCGAGUGGCCCUCGGAACAAGUAAUGAACAUGUCACACAAUAUGUAUUAUAACCCACUCAGAGCUUUGUUGUCUAGCUUUGCUCAACAGAUUCCAGAUUCCAGUACUCCUCAGGAGGAGGAGUCGUCGAGUCUCACUUCAAACUGGGUCCUGUUGAGAGUGGUGAAACGUAAGUGGACGGAACCAAGGUGGACGGGGCCGUACGAGAUCAAAGACCGUACCUCACACGCAGUACGUCUGAAAGGAAAAGGCUCCACGUGGUUUCAUCUCAGCCAAUGUGCACCUGCUGAAGAACCCCACCGCUCGCUGAAAGAAGUCGAAGCAGACCUGCUGGAACAGCAGGAGUAAAGAUC